CAGAAAAUGGCUGCUCUGCGUUUGGUCUGCCUUGCUGUAGUCUUGGCCGUAGGACUAGUCCAAGCCUUGGACAUUUCAAAGUUUAAGGAUGUGCCGGUUUUGGCCAGGACUUUCAAGAACUUGAGCCGUGGUCCGCCGCAGCAAGUCGUGACAAACCGCGCGGUUGUCCAGGAGAAAUGGAUUACCCAGAAACUAGAUAACUUUGACGAAAGCAAUACGGGAACUUAUCAGAUGCGUUAUUUGCUCAACGAUGAGUUCCUAACUGAGGGAAGUCCCAUUUUCAUUUACCUGGGUGGCGAAUGGGAGAUCGAGCAGAGCAUGGUCAGCGGUGGCCAUUGGUACGAUAUGGCUGAGGAACACAAGGGUGUUCUCAUCUAUACCGAACAUCGUUACUAUGGUCAAAGUGUGCCCACUACAACCAUGUCCACAGAUAACCUCAAAUAUCUGAAUGUAAAGCAGGCCUUGGCCGAUGUGGCCCAUUUCAUUGGAACGAUCAAGGCGGAGAACGCCCAGCUGGCCAACUCCAAGGUGCUUUUGGCUGGCGGCUCCUACUCGGCCACCAUGGUGGUGUGGUUCAAGCGCCUGUAUCCCGACUUGGUGGUAGGUGGCUGGGCCUCCAGUGCUCCUCUUUUGGCCAAGGUUGAUUUCACCGAGUACAAGGAGGUGGUGGGCCAGGCCUUCCUUGAGUUGGGCGGCCAGCAGUGUUACAAUAGGAUCGAGAAUGGCAUCGCCGAGUUGGAGUCCCUGUUCGCCAACCAGCGUGGAGCCGAAGCUAGAGCCAUGUUGCGUCUGUGCAGUAGUUUCGAUGACAAAAACGAUCUGGACUUGUGGUCCCUGUUCGGAAGUAUCUCAAACGUGUUUUCUGGCGUUGCGCAAUACCAAAGCUCUGGUGAUAUUGAGUUCUACUGUGACUACCUUCUGAGCUUCCGGGAUGAUGCCACUGCUAUCGCUAACUUUGUGUACUGGGGCUUUGGAAUGCCCACCUGCGUUGAUGCCACCUACGCCAGCACUGUGGAGUACUAUCUAUGGGCAGUGACCAACUUUGGUGCUGGACGUCCAUGGUACUACCAGACCUGCAAUGAGUAUGGUUGGUACCAGAGCUCUGGCUCCAGGAAUCAGCCUUUCGGCACCAAGUUCCCCGCCACCCUCUACACAACCCUCUGCGGAGAUGUCUUCAGCUCGCAAUUUGGAAAUGAACAGAUUAACAACAAUGCAGCCGAGACCAACGAGUACUUCGGUGGCAUGGAUCCCGGUGUAGAGAAUGUCUACAUGACCCACGGUGCCCUGGAUCCAUGGAACCCCAUGGGUCAUGGAGUGGCGCAGGGAGCCACCGUCAUCGCCAAUGCCUCGCAUUGCUCCGACUUUGGGUCGAUCAGGACCUCAGACUCCGCUGAAUUGCGUGCCUCGAAGGAAAAAAUCGCUGAAUUGGUGCGCCAGUGGUUGGCUUAAAUUUGAUGCCCAGAAUUAAUCCAUAUUUGGUAU